GCGAGAGGAGGAAAGCAAGCGUAAGAGAGGAGGUGAAGGGGGGGAAUGAUAGGGUAAUGAAAAUGAUGGCGACCGAUGCAGAGGAGAUAAGAAUCCAAACAAGCCCCUGUCCCAUCCCCGACAACAGUCUCAGCACUCUGUCCAUCAAAAUUACGCGGAAAAACCAGGAUAGACACUGGAAGUUGCGGUUUAUUUACCUGCAGUGCUAUUUCUUGACCAUUGCAACAAUAUUGGGAACUGGAAUAUUAGGUCUUCCAGUAACGAUAGCCCAAGCUGGAAUGGUGCCUUUCCUUGUCUCUUUUCUCAUUGGCUUCUUUGUCCAGGCCUUGCUUAUCUACUUGUUUGUGGAACUCCUUCAAAAAUGUCAGGUGGUGCAGCUCGAAUCUCUAAAGACAGGUGUCGCAGAGUGUAUUGUGAUGGAUCAGGUGGGGUUGGAGGAUCCUGCCCCCACAGAGGAAGAGGAUGAGGACGAUGGUGAAAAUGCACAAGCAGAUACAGGUUUACUGCAGCCCGAUGCAGUAGCUCUGCACAACCAAGCAGAGAGCCUGCAGCCCAACCUUCAUCUGCUUGGCUUCCUCUUCCUCUCCCGGCCCAUGAGCCACGCCUUCAACUGCAUCCUACUCUUCCAGUUUAUAUCUAUUGGAAUCAGUUACGUCUUAGCUGGCAGUGAAGCCUACGCUGCUCUUCUUAAUGUCAGCCACAUCUACGUGAUCCCGGCCUUCACCUCGAUUCUAACUCUUGCCAUCUUACUAGCCCACACAGUCAUCCAGCCAAUCACUUCGCUGCUUACCCUGCUGAAAGGAAUCCUGCUCAUUGUCACGGUGGCUGUAACAUUUGCAGUGGGGUCAGAGGUCGGCCUUCAGAGCAGCAGUGACUUCAGUCAGAUUGGGAAACCUUUCCUAAUGGGCACAGUGGCUCUGGGAGGGAUUGUAAACGUGAUGCCUCUGCUCUUCUCACAAAUCUCACACAACAAAACACAGAUCUUGUGGUUUCGGAGAGCAGUGAUUGGAGGUCUGACAACCUGCACUGUGCUCAACAUCCUCUGGUGCUGGGCAGUGCUGGAGAUCGUGCCCCAGACGUCAAUACCAGAGAGGCGGCUGGCAGCCCAGCUCGACCCCAGCAGUCUGUCUGCUCCUCAUUCCUCCGUCACCCCUCUGCUGUACUCCAACAUCUCACUAGAAGAGUCUGAGAAAGCUGGAGAGAUUGCAACCAUUCCACUGACGAAGAUUAUUAAUGAGCGUUACAGGGCGUACGCCUGGGUGGCUGACCUGAUCCAGGUGUUCAUAGCCAUGAGUGUCACUGUGUCCUUCCUCAUCAUGGGAUCUGCCAUGAAACACACCAUUGAUGGCCUGGUGAGCUCGUUGUGGGGCAGCAGGAUGGAGUGGCUGUCUAAAGCCUGGGAGAGAAAGCUGCCCAACAAACAUCACGUCUGCUCGGCCACAAGCACGGCUAAAGGAUUCAUGUCCCUGCUCGCAUUCAUCGCCAUCUUCAUCGUGUCAGAGUGUGAUCCCCGGGGUUUUGUUGUCAUGUUGGACAAAGUUGUUUCGUUCUCCCUCAACACUGAAGUGGGACUGUUUGUGUUCAUCAUGCUAAGAGAGUCCAGAGAAGAGCGAUUCAAACACCUUGCGGUCCCUCUGCCGGUCGGCGACUGUGUGUUCAGCCUCAGUUGGCUGCUCCCCACCUACUUCCUGUUUGCAGUAACCUACGACGUCCUGCAGACCGUGGCAGACGUGGCUCAUUACAUCACUUUGUACAGCCACAGUCAGGAAGCACAGAACCACAAUAUGACGAGGAGUCUACCAGCAGCCAACGUCUCCGUGCUGCUCUGAGACCAGGAGGAGAUGAAACUGCCAAAAAUCAGAAGCUUCGCGAGUACUUUUAUAUUGUAUUCACUGAACAUUUUAUGUAUUAUUUUGAUGCCGUCUCCGGGGGCCAUUAUUGUGUUUUUGCACUUUCCCAUGGCAACUUACCAAACAGGCUCUUCAACCCUGCUUUAUACAUCUGCUGAAACGCAGAGCGAGUUUUAUGCAUCUGCUCCCAGGUGGUGUAAAUAUGAUAUAUAAGUUCUAAUGAAAUACUAUACAAUAUCACUGUCAAUGCACAAUGCAGAGAAUAAAAAUGGCAUUUAUUUAAAUGAAAAUGUAUAUUAUUAUGUUUAUUUAGCUCUAUUAUUCUGAAAUUAGUCAAUUUAACAAUUCUAUAUUUGCUGUUUGGACUCAGACACUCAUCUUCUUUCAAUCCUUGACACCAAAAAGUGAAACCAGAAGUUCUCCCGACCUCACUGCACCUGGACCUCGUUAGUGCUGACGGUCACUGCGGGUUGUUCUCACUCAGUAUGCAGUUUACGUUUUGGAUCAUGCAUGAGUUCUCUCUAAUCAUCCUCCCCACACAUCAACAAGCCUCAGUAUUAAGUUAGAAAAUGAUUUAUUAUUAUUUAUUGCAAAAGGAUAUUGUUUCAUCCAUUCCGGAGCCCAGGGGUUGGAAACCUCUGCUUUGGGGAACUCCAGUGUAUUCUGUAUAUGUUAUUCCACCAGUGUCAUUGUUUUCAUCUGCUACAUCCUAUACAUACAAAUAAAUGAUUAAGCUCCAAUGUUUGCAGUCCAUCAACUCUGCAGCCACACGAGUGGAGCCGGUGCAGUGAGGUUUCUUUCCAAAUUCCAAUUCCUAAAGGGCUGCAACUUAUUGUCUUUACAUCAAAAAUGUGAAGUGCAAAACACAUCCUGUUGCUCUCGUUUUGAAAGCCCUGCUUUGAGAGUGAGGAUGAGGCAUGCUGCUGUAGUUUCACUGUGUCAUCAGCAUGACGGAGGUUCAUGCUCUUUAAAAUCAAUGUUUCAUUGGUUUAUUAAGACCAAUAUCUUUGUGUUUUGAUAUGAAUAAAACAUGACACAAGUA